UCUCUAUCGCUCUCUCUCCGCGUGAAACAAAGUGCGGUGUCCGCGGGAGCCCGUACGAAGCGAAAAAGAGAGAGAGAGAGACCGGAGAAAGGAGAGAAUGGAGCGGCUGAAUCCACAACAACAGGAGGAAUAAUAACCCACGAGAAGAAGAGAAAUAAACAAGCCUGAAGACGGGGGAGAAGAGGGAGAGAACUCGCGGGGGAAAACUUUUCCGGGGUGUAAACUGUUACGGACUGAAACGCAGCCACGUUUUAAAACAUGGAUACACUUUGCACUAUUUUCCCGGGACUCCUGCUUCUCUUUUCGGCCGCUGGCACCGUCUCCGGACAGAUGCCGACAGCUCACAUGGGGCGUGCCGAGAAGGGGAGCUGCACGUUCGACGAGGGCUUCGCUCCGUGCGACUACCAGCAAGAUCCCUACGAUGACUUUGACUGGACGCACAUCAACACCCAGGAGGUGCCGUACGUCUCGCCGGAACUUCCCCAAGGUUCCUUCAUGUUCGUGGACGUCUCGCAGUACGACGUCGGGGAGAAGGCCCGCUUCCAGCUGCCCGUCAUGAAGGAGAACGACACCCACUGCAUCGACUUCAACUACCUGCUCACCAGCCCCGGCGGCGCCAGCCCCGGCACCCUCAACGUCCUGGUGAAGGUGAACAAGGGUCCUUUGGCUAACCCUAUAUGGAACGUGACGUCCUACACUGGUAAAGACUGGCUGAGAGCCGAACUCGCCGUCUCCACCUUUUGGCCUAAUGAAUAUCAGGUCAUAUUUGAAGCAGAGGUUUCGGACAGCAAAGCCGGCUUCAUCGCCAUCGACGACAUUCAGGUGCUCAGCUACCCGUGUGAUAAAUCCCCUCACUUCCUGCGUCUCGGGGACGUGGAGGUGAACGCCGGACAGAACGCCACGUUUCAGUGUAUAGCGACGGGACGAGACACAUCGAACAAUAAACUCUGGCUACAGAGGAGAAAUGGAGAAGAUAUUCCCGUGGCUCUGACAAAAAACAUCAACCACCGACGGUUCGCUGCCUCCUUCCACCUCAAAGAAGUCACCAAUCAGGAUCAAGACCUGUACCGCUGCGUCACUCAGUCCGAGCGCGGCUCCGGGGUGUCCAACUUUGCGGGUCUCAUCGUCAGAGAGCCUCCGCACCCCAUCGCCCCACCCCAGCUGCUUGGUGUCGGCCCUACAUAUCUGCUGAUUCAGCUGAAUGCUAACUCCAUAUUUGGAGACGGGCCUAUUAUACUGAAAGAGGUCGAGUACCGUAUGACGUCAGGCAGCUGGACAGAGACGCACGCCGUGACCUCCCCCAACUACAAGCUAUGGCACCUCGACCCGGACACCGAGUACGAGAUCCGAGUCUUACUAACCCGACCGGGGGAGGGGGGGACGGGCAAGGCCGGACCCCCGCUCAUCACCCGCACCAAAUGUGCAGAACCCAUGCGGACUCCUAAGCGGCUGAAGAUCGCGGAGACCAGGUCCCGCCUGAUAGCAGUGGACUGGGAGUCGCUGGGCUACAACAUCACGCGCUGUCACACCUUCAACGUCACCAUCUGCUACCACUACAUGACCGCCAACAACCGCAGCAAGGCCGACUGCCUGGACAUGGACCCCAAAGCGCCACGCCACCUGGUGGGAAACCUGCCGCCCUACACCAACGUCAGUCUGAAGAUGAUUCUGACCAAUCCAGAGGGAAGGAAAGAGAGCGACGAGACCGUCAUCCAAACCGAUGAAGAUGUUCCGGGUUCAGUUCCCAGUCAGUCGCUGAGAGCCACUCCGUUCGAAGACCGAAUUCUUCUUUACUGGAAGGAACCGUCAGAGCCCAAUGGAGUCCUCAUGCAUUACGAGAUCGGCUACAGCGGCGUGCGUUCCUUUGACCCGUCGGUGCCUCUCCAGCGGCCGGAACGCACCGUGCUGCCCUCCAAUGCCACGCACCACCUUUUUUCCCAGCUCCACCCGGGCGUCACGUACCAGCUCUCCAUACGCGCAUCCACCUCCAAAGGGUUCGGCACCGCAGCCACACUCAACGUGACAACCAAUAUAUCGGCCCCGACAAUAGAUGAGUACGACGGGACGGAGGCCUUUCUGAAUGAAACCGCUACGACCAUCACUAUCCUGCUCAAACCUGCCCAGGCCAAGGGAGCUCCUAUAAGCGCCUACCAGAUCGUAGUUGAGGAAGUGAAUCCUCAGCGGACGCGUCGUCAAGCCUCCUCCGACUGUUUUGAGGUGCCAGUUUCCUACCACAGUGCGUCCAGCGGUGGGUCUCCAUAUUAUUAUGCCGCCCAGCUGUCCCCCAGCAGCCUGCCCGAGCCGCUCCCCUUCACUGUUGGAGACAACAAGACGUAUCAGGGUUUCUGGAAUCCUCCUCUGGCCCCGAGAAAGAACUACAACAUCUACCUCCAGGCUGUCAGCAGCACGGAGAGGGAAACAAAGACGCAGUGUCUGAGGCUUGCAACUAAAGGGGCCACGGAGGAGCCAGAAGUCAUUCCCGACCCCGCGAAACAGACGGAUCGGGUGGUGAAGAUCGCUGGCAUCAGCGCUGGGGUCCUCGUCUUCAUUCUGCUGGUGCUGGUAGCCAUCCUAUUGGUCAAGAAGAGGAGGACCUACUAUUCAUACUCUUAUUACCUGAAACUGGCUAAAAAACGUAAAGACGCCAUCGGAACGACGCGGCAGGAAAUGACUCACAUGGUGAACGCCAUGGAUCGCAGCUACGCCGACCAGAGCACUCUGCAUGGAGAAGAUCCCAUGGCCGUGACAUUUAUGGACUCUCACAACUACAACAACCGAUCGCCCAACGAUCCUCUGGUUCCUACGGCCGUGCUAGUUCCAAUCACAGACGAGAACCACAGCGCCUCGGCGGCGGAGAACAGCCGGCUCCUGGAUGUUCCGCGGUACCACUGCGAGGGAACCGAAUCCCCCUACCAGACGGGACAGCUGCACCCCGCCAUCAGGGUGGCCGACCUGCUGCAGCACAUCAACCUCAUGAAAACCUCUGACAGCUACGGCUUUAAGGAGGAGUAUGAAUUGGUGAUACAGAGCUUCUUCGAGGGCCAGUCGGCCUCCUGGGACGUGGCCAAGAAGGAGCAGAACCGCACCAAGAACCGCUAUGGGAACAUUAUAGCAUAUGACCAUUCAAGGGUUAUUCUACAGCCCAUAGAAGACGACCCCUCCUCCGACUACAUCAACGCCAACUACAUCGAUGUAAGUGGAAACGCAUCGAAUGCUACUAUUGGCUCCCAACGAAACCAACGAAACCAAACUCCCUCGCUCAUUUGGCUGUACAGGGAUGGCUACCAGAGACCAAGUCACUACAUCGCUACUCAGGGUCCUGUUCAUGAGACCGUGUAUGACUUCUGGAGGAUGGUGUGGCAGGAACAGUCAGCCUGCAUCGUCAUGGUGACCAAUCUGGUGGAGGUGGGAAGGGUUAAGUGCUAUAAGUAUUGGCCAGAUGAUGCUGAGGUGUAUGGAGACUUCAAAGUGACGUUUGUGGAGGUCGAACCUCUUGCUGAAUAUGUCGUGCGCACGUUUACGCUGGAGAGGCGUGGUUUCAACGAGGUGCGGGAAGUCAAACAGUUCCACUUCACAGGCUGGCCCGAUCACGGAGUUCCAUAUCACGCCACUGGACUACUUUCCUUCAUCCGCAGGGUCAAAAUUUCAAAUCCACCAUCUGCUGGUCCCAUUGUGGUCCACUGCAGUGCUGGAGCAGGGCGGACCGGCUGCUUCAUAGUAAUUGACAUCAUGUUGGACAUGGCGGAGAGAGAAGGUGUGGUCGACAUCUACAACUGUGUGAAGGCUCUCCGCUCUAGGAGGAUCAACAUGGUACAGACUGAGGAGCAGUAUAUAUUCAUCCACGAUGCCAUUCUAGAGGCUUGUCUAUGUGGAGAAACGGCCAUCCCGGUCUGCGAGUUCAAAGCCGCUUUCUAUGAGCUCAUCCGCAUCGACUCGCAGACCAACUCGUCCCAUCUGAAGGAUGAGUUCCAGACGUUAAACUCGGUGACUCCUCAGCCUCAACCUGAAGACUGCAGCAUCGCAUUGUUGCCUAGAAACCAAGAUAAGAACCGCUUUAUGGAUGGCCUUCCUCCUGAUAGAUGCCUUCCCUUCCUUAUUACUAUAGAUGGAGAAAGCAGCAACUACAUUAAUGCUGCUCUGAUGGAUCUCUCAGAGGAGUUCCAGAGCUACAGACAGCCCGCUGCGUUCAUCGUUACCCAGCAUCCUUUGCCCAACACCGUCAAAGACUUUUGGCGUCUGGUUUACGACUAUGGGUGUACCAGUUUGGUGAUGCUGAAUGAGAUUGACCUGGCUCAGGGUUGCCCUCAGUACUGGCCGGAGGAGGGCAUGUUGCGCUAUGGUCCGGUCCAGGUGGAGUGUAUGUCCUGCUCGAUGGACUGCGACGUGGUCAGUCGACUCUUCAGAGUCUGCAACCUCACCAGGCCACAGGAAGGCUACCUGAUGGUCCGUCAGUUUCAGUACCUGGGGUGGGCGGGACACAGGGAAGUCCCCGCCUCCAAGCGCUCCUUCCUCAAACUGAUCUUGCAGGUGGACCAGUGGCAGCGUGAGGGAGAGGAGGGCGAGGGAAGAACCAUCGUGCAUUGCCUGAAUGGAGGUGGGCGCAGUGGAGUCUUCUGUGCCAGCAGCAUCGUGUGUGAGAUGGCCAAGAGACAGAGCGUGGUCGACGUCUUUCACGCCGUCAAGACCUUGAGGAACAGCAAACCCAACAUGGUGGAUACUCCGGAACAGUACCGAUUCUGCUACGACCUGUCACUGGAGUUCAUCGAAUCCUCCUAAACAAAGGAGAGAAGAAAAGGAGGAGGAGGAGGAGGAGGUGAAGAAGAGCAGAAGAUCUUUUCACUUCCCACGUGCUUGAUCCUUUGCUUACACUCGCUCCCGACCCCCCCCCCCCCCGCCAAUCGGUAGCACUCAUUUUGCGUCCCCAUCGGCUCCUCGUACCGUGUUGUAAAGAAUCCGAACAAAGGGAAACAUUGAGACUUUUAACAGAGUCCUUUAUGCUUGUUGUACAGCUUUUUAAAUGCCAGCGGGCCCCUGUAUGUCCCGGGCCCAUCUAAAUGUUUAGCCUCCCGCCGCAGCGCCGCCGCUCCCAUGGAUCCGAUGCCGCAUGCUGUUUCAGCUGCAGUACCCCGUGUGCCCUGUAGGUGUCUCCCUCUCCCGUACGCCAACUGCAUCCAUGGCUUUUGAAUUACUGCAAGUGUUAAGUGGCCCUGCACUUACCGGCUCUCGUGCUCAUCAUUUGGGAGUCGCUAGACGGUGUUGGGCUUCUCAUCAUGGUGAUGUUUGAAUAUUUGCAGCAAGUACUUUUGUAUACGAACAAGUUAAUGUUACAGCCUGGCCAAACUCUGUGAAGGCUUCUUUUUCUACUCCACACAUCAGCAUCAUCUUCAUGUUAUUUUCCUGGUUCACAACAUUAUGUGUUUAAGUAUUGAAUAGCCACUUUGAAGCCCUUUUCAUUCGUUGUAUACAGUAGAUUGUCAGAUAACACACACCAUGUAAUGAUUUAAACAACUAGAACAUGACAUUUAUACAAAGUAUAACCCUUUCUUUUUAAUGGUUACGAUAUUUUGAAGUGGCAACUUUAAAAAAACAACUUGUGUGGGAUUUUCCCUAAAAUGUAUACUAUAAAAAAGUGUGAUUAUGUAUCGUUGUUUGUUUCUUGCAGUCAAUGCUGAGUUGAUUUGCAUAAUUUCUUGAUUGAAUGGGGGAAAAAAAGUUUUUAGGUCUUCUUUUUACUCUAAAUUGUAAAAAGUGGAAUGUAAAAAGUGGAACACUUUUUACAAUUUAGACCAUGUGAACCACACUUGUUCAACCAUGUGACAUCAGCAUAAUCAUGUUUGUUGCAGGGCUGGGCCCGAAGCACUUUCAGUUCCACCAAUUCAAAAAUGGGAUGUGUCAUUUCCGAACACUAGAAGGAAAAGAUUUGAGGUAUGAAGAGUUCAGCUUCUUUAUUUUUAGAAAAGACUAAAUAAUAAUAAUAAUAAUAAUACAUAUAAGUUCCUUUCCAUUUUUGGUUUGAAUGGAAUUGAAAGUGAGCAGACCCCAGGCCUCGUUUUGUGCACUGGUGGCCAACACUUUUAUUAUUUUUUUUAUAGCUGAUGUUUAUUCAUAAGCCAAAGACUUUGUGUAAAUAUGUCUAUAUGGAUAAAGCACAUUGUUUGUAUUUAUUGUUCGUUUACUUGCAUUGCUUGUAGGAAAAGUCAUUCUUCAUUCCGUGUUUACCACCAGCGCUUCUUGAACUGUUAGUCGGGACGCAAAAUGGGCCUCAAGUCUGUUUCCUCUGGAGUGUUUGAGAGUAUUAGCGUGAGCAAAGGAGCCCAUAAAGGCUCCUGAGGUAAAAUGCUACAUCGGCUCAAUUUGGGUUCAUGAGGAAAAGUUCAAGAACCCCUGAUCGAAGCUGUACAUUAAAGCAUUAGAAGUAGUUUUUCAGUAUCUAGGUGGAAUUCAGCAGUAUUGUCUUGUUUUCACUUAGUGAAACUCUGUGAUGUUACCGUGGGGGUUUUUUUGUGCCAAAGGCCAUCGCUCUGUUCGUGGUCUGUAGAACAUCAGUGCAUUUUGAGUAUUUAGGAUAAUGUCUCCUAUCCCUCUUAAUGUCUUAGUCGGGAUGAGCCGUUUAUCCUCAUCAUUCACAUCCUGCUCACCAUUAUCCCUGAAUACACACAGACUCAGUGAUGCAAAACAGGCUUAGUGAGUGAAUGAACAUGCAGGAAUGUGAAACGGAAGAAAACUAACAUUUAUUGUGCCUGAUCAUUUGAAUUUCCUUGUCAAUUCAAGCAUUUUAACAGUAUCUUAGAUCGCAAACCAGGGCUUUGUUGAAUGCGUUCUGAUGGACGAUCAAUGUUUGGACCGUGGCUCACAAGGCUUCACGACUUCUUGAUGAGGCUUUGCGGUCUUACCAAAUAUCACAUGUGUUUCUGUUGUGCUCAAGCAGAUUAAGAAAAGAAAAACAAUUAAAAAAACAACACUUUAUUGUAAAUACAAUGUCAGAGGUUCCACUCGGUUGGAACAAGAGUAGCCUGAUGUACCGUUUAGUAUGUUAUUGUAAAUAGGCGAUCAUGAGAACUCUAAAAGGCUCUAUUGGGUGAACAGUAAAGGUCCAGAUGAUGGAUACAAUGUCAGAACUUUAGUUUUGUUGAAGAUUUAAAAAAGUCAGAUUGUACUCCUUCAAUAAUUUGACAGAUAUUGUUUCAAAAAAGGGUCUGAUUACAAAACACAUCCAAUUUUCUGUUUCUUUUGGCAGAUUUGUGUUUGAACCAGAGAGGACAGUCAGUACAGUUUAGCAGCUAGGCCAACUGGAAGGCCGUCUCUAUAGCAUGCAGAGAAAAAACUUAAGGGAAAAACUAAGGCCCAAAUCCUUUUGAGAUGCCAAUAAUCUGCCCUCAAUACAUCUGAAGUAAUGGCCCCAAAGUGGUGAAUGGAGCAGGUAGAAAACUGAUAUUCAUACUUCAUCAUUAUUCUUGUCUGUAAUGUUUGGGUUCUUUGCUGUAAUAAAGACCAAUUGUUUAAUUUCAA